AUGGCCCCCAUCCGGUCAUGGAUUGGGCUGCUGUUGUGCCCGUUGCUGGCCCUGGCCCGCAGGGAGUCCGGUAGCAUCAUCCCGAGGACAUACAUUGUGGAAUUCAGCGAUGAGCAUGUCACCACGGACACCUUUCUUGUCGAUCUUGCAAAACGCGAUGUUCCGGCAACCCUUGGUACCGAUCUGUCAUUUUCUCUUUUCAACGGUGCAUCAAUCAAGUUGCCAGGGCACACCCAUAAUAAGCGUUCCGUACUCCAGACCAUCUCUUCCAUGUCGUCGGUGAAAACGAUCACUCCUGUGAGGGAAGUCCACCCUCCCACACGGCGGGUCAUGACCGCAGGAGACGCAACUUUCUCUCAUAGCGCAUCCAACCUGCACCGCCGCGACGUCGAUACUCAAGUGGAGGUGCCGCAUCAGAUGACGGGUGUGGACAAGCUCCGUGCCGAAGGAUACUAUGGUUCAGGACUUCGGGUUGCUGUGGUCGACAGUGGCAUUGAUUAUAAGCAUCCGGCUCUGGGUGGUUGCUAUGGCGAAGGUUGCCUUGUCGCCUUUGGUUAUGAUCUGGUGAACGACGUGAACGACCCCUACGACAACUGUGAUGGACACGGAACCCAUGUGUCCGGUCUCAUUGCAGCCCAGACGAACCCGUACAAUUUCACUGGUGUCGCACCGAACGUGACUCUCGGCCACUAUAAAGUAUCGAACUGCGGCCAGAGUGCCUCGACGGAGCGACUCAUGCAAGCUUUCAAGCUUGCCUUCGAAGCUAAGGCUGAUAUCAUUACUACAUCUGUCGGUGGCUACAGCGGUUGGUCGGAAGAGCCAUGGGGCGUGCUUCUCCAACGGAUCGUUGCUGCUGGUGUUCCUUGCCUUGUUGCAGUUGGUAAUGAUGGGUUCUAUGGCCCAUUCCUUGCAUCUAACGGCGCAGAUGGCAAGGGCGCCACGGGUGUCGGGGCCGUCAACAACCUGUUGGCCCCAAUGCUGCUCACCCGUGCCACCUACUCGACAAGAAACACCACUAAGGAAUUUGGCUGGUCGAUCUCUGGACACGCCGACUUUGUCAACGGCACCUACGAGCUCCACCCCGUAAGCCUCAACGCCUCGGUCGAAGGCGACGCCUGCCAGCCCUUCCCAUCCAACACUCCCGAUAUCUCCAACAAGAUUGUCCUCAUUCGCCGGGGAGGAUGUGGCUUUGCAAAAAAGGCCAAGAAUGCUGCGGACGCCGGUGCAAAGAACAUCCUGUUUUACAACAACGGCCCGGGAACCGAUGACUUUUCAUUCCCCGCUGGCGACUUGGUCGGUGUUGGAAUGGUCCCGACCUCGGUUGGUGAAGAGUGGGUGAAACUGGUUGCUAGCAACGUCUCUGUCAGUCUGCACAUGGUCAGCAAGAAGCAUGCGCCGAAGAUCUACAUCGCCGAGAAAAACAAGCAGUCUGGCGGAUUUGUCGCCGACUUUUCGCAGUGGGGUCCAACAAACGAACUGGUCGCUCUGCCGACAGUUGUUUCUCCCGGUGGUUUCAUGUUGUCGACGUAUCCGCUUGAUAUGGGAGGCUAUGCGGUGGAAUCCGGAACUUCCAUGGCGACGCCCUAUUUCGCAGGUUGCAUCGCCCUCCUGUUGGAAGCGCGAGGAAAGAUUUCUCCUGCCACCGUCAAUACUCUCUUUGCCGCCAACGCUAAUCCUAAUGUCUUGCACGAUGGUGUUACAGCCUAUCCCUACCUCGACUCCGUCGCUCACCAAGGCGCCGGACUGAUCAACGUGUACGAGGCCGCCCAUGCGACGACUAUUCUGAACGUGAGCAGUAUCGCUUUUAACGACACGGAGAAUCUGGCACCGGUGACUUUCAGUGUCAACAACACUGGUUCGGAGAGUGUUGAGUACUCCAUUGGCCAAGUGGAUAGUGCUACGUUCUAUACCCUUCCCGCCGAUGGCAGUCCUGUUCCCGCCACAUUCGACGCUGGAGAUUUCAUGGAAAUGAGCAACGAGCAUGCGUCGUUAUCGUUCAGCUCGCAGAGCAUUACCAUUCCGCCGGGAGAAGUCUCUGUCGUCACCGUCUCAGCCACCCAGCCACAAGGACUCAACGAAUCCCGACUCCCCAUCUACAGUGGCUACGUUACUUUGAAUGGCACAAACGGAGACUCGUUCUCCAUCCCGUAUCUGGGUGCCGCAGCGGCGAUGCGCAACGUCACCAUCCUAAACAGCCUCCACGGUAAGAAUUAUCUGAGCUCCAGUAUCAGCCGCAGCCCCGUGCAGGCUGGUCACACUUUCAUCCUGCCCGCCCCCAACUCCACGACCGCCGGAAACAACACAAGCAACCCGGUCUUCAACCUUCGUCUCUCGAUGGGAACGCGCCUGCUGCGGAUUGAUGUCAAGCCCGCGAAUGCUACCUCGAACGCGACUAGGGUCCUUGGAGAGCCCAUUCUGGGUCAAAUUUCGGGAUAUCCAGAGCGGUUUCUGUCUCGACAGGCCUUCCGCUCUCGGCCUAUCCAUUGGAAUGGUGAACUGGAUAAUGGCAAGUUCGCCCCUCCAGGUACUUAUUCACUCCUCGUGAGAGCGCUCAAGAUCUUUGGGAAUGAAGAGAACGAAGAGGACUACGAUGUGGUGGAAACGCCGCAAUUCAAGCUGAAGUAUGAGGGACAGGGAGCGAUUGCUGCCCGUUGGCGUGGCCGCGGUUUUUGA